AUCUUUUCCGCAGUUUUUUUUUUUUUCAAAAGAAGCCAACAAAAUGAUGCGCUCCUUUGGACCGUUGGCCGCCCGGCUUAUUGGGCAUGGGCAGGGGCUCCCCGCGCCGGUCGGCCGGCACCAGCGCUACUGGAGCCAGCGGUGCGUACGGCUGCUCAGCACCAAGCGGCAGGUGAAGUAUCUCGAGGACACCAUCUUCCCGCCGGAGAACGGCCUGGAGCAGAACUCGCUGUACGACAACAACAUCCCGGUGCCGCACGUUACCCUCGACCACUACCUGUGGGACCAGUUCAGCCAGUGGGCCAACAAGACGGCAGUGGUUUGCGGUAUUACUGGGCGCAACUACACCUACGGCACGCUGCGCGAUCACUGUGCGGCACUGGCGAUCCGAUUGCAGCGGAAGUUGCACCUAAACUUCGGCCAAACGCUCGCCGUGUGUCUGCCCAACAUUCCAGAGUUCCCACUCGUCACGUUCGGUGGUAUUGAGGCCGGACUGGUGGUGACGACGAUUAACCCGAUCUACACGGCAGAAGAAAUUUCCCGCCAGCUGGUGGACAGCGACGCCAAGGUGCUGAUCGGACUGGCAUCCAACUAUGCAGUAUUAAGGGAGGCGGCACAGCAGGCCAAGCGCGACAUACCGAUCGUCUGCAUCCGGUGCACCAACGACGAAAGCCUGCCGGCCGGUGCGAUCGACUUUGCCGAGCUUUCCAACCCGAAAGGCAUUCACUACAGCGAGCUGCGGCAGCACGAUCGCACCGCGGACGAUAUCGUCUUCCUGCCCUACUCGUCCGGCACGACCGGCAUGCCGAAGGGGGUCGAGCUGACGCACCUGAACAUUGUCUCCAACAGUGAGAUGCUGGCGGUAAAGGCAGGCAACGGCACGGUGGUGCUGCCCACCACCGACACCUUCCAGGACGUGCUGCCGUGCGUGCUGCCCUUCUUCCACAUCUACGGCCUCACGGUGACGAUGAUCUCGAAGCUGCGGCAGGGCUGCAAGCUGGUCACGCUGCCCAACUUCAAACCCGACACGUUCCUGAACGCGCUCGCCGAACACAAGGGCACGGUGCUGCAUCUCGUCCCACCGAUAAUUAUCUUCCUCGGCCAUCACGACGGCGUCAAGCCACGGCACACCGACUCCAUCCGGAACGUGUUCUCGGGCGCGGCGCCGAUGGGAACGCCCGACGCCGAACGCUUUACCGCACGCGCCCCGAACGCCGAGUUCAUCCAGGGGUACGGGCUGACGGAAACGGCACCGGUGGUGCUGAUGGGUGCGCUUGGCUCGCGUAACUACGCCUCCGUUGGAUCGCCCUGUCCCCGCACGCAGGCGAAAAUUGUCGACCUGAACGAUCCCACCAACACGGCCCUGGGGCCGAACCAGUCCGGCGAGCUGCUCGUCCGGGGGCCGCAGGUCAUGAAGGGCUACCACAACAACCGCAAGGCGACGGACGAGAUGAUCAUCGAGGGCGGGUGGUUGCGCACGGGCGACAUCGCGCACUACGACGAGCAGCUGCAGUUCUACAUCACCGACCGGCUGAAGGAGCUGAUCAAGGUGAAGGGCUUCCAGGUGCCGCCGGCCGAGCUGGAGGAGCUGCUGCGGUCGCACGAAGCGGUGGCCGAUGCCGCGGUCGUCGGCAUGCCGCACCCGGUGGCGGGCGAGGUGCCGCGAGCCUUCGUCGUACCGAAGGCGGGCGCGCGCGUCUCCGAGGACGCACUGAAGGCGUUCAUCGCGGAGAAGGUGGCCGUGUACAAGCGGCUCGAGGGUGGCGUCACCUUUCUGGACAGUAUUCCGAAGAACGCGUCGGGCAAGAUCCUGCGGCGGCAGCUUAAGCUCGAGCACUGCUCGUAGAGGGGAGAACCAUUGGGGAGGGAAAGGCUCCCGCAUCACACGAUAUUACCCUUGCGCUAGGUUGAAGGGUUCCACUACUUGUAAAAUCUCAUCUUCCUCUAGGUUUUGUUUGUUUUUGUUUUUGGGCAGGGCAAUGUGAGGCGAGGUAUAGGAAAGGAGCGAGAGAGCGAGAGCGAAAGGAGAUUAGUGUAGGCACGUGUGCUGUUUGUUUUUUAAUUAAGCUGACCAUUCUCGAGCACAGACUGUAUUAGCGCGACCCCCCUUUGGGAAAAUGGUCGCCAACGACCGUACUGUGUGUGAAGGGCUCGGUUUUAGCGCGGCUCAUCCCCCAUUUUGUGGGGCGGCUUAGUGGUGGUUUUCUGUGGUACUGUAUGUUAUGUUUUUGUUUUUAAUAGGAGGACGUGUUACUUUAGCUUUAGCCCGCCCUUUCCGCCUUUCUCCUCGAGCCCAGUGAGCACAAAGCAUUAAGUACAUGUUAAAACGUAAGCGUAAAAAUAGACCAUUUUGUAUCCUUAAAAAGUGUAACCUGUCUAUAUAAAUGCUCAGUGCUGCAAA